AUGGGCAAUACAACAAGUAAGGCUUUAGAAGAGCUAAAACAUAGAAAUGAUCUCGAAUAUGAAGCUCGUAAACGGGAAAUUGAACUACGCAGUCAGGAAUCGAAGAAUAAUUAUGACUUACAAAUUCGGAAAGCCGAUAUGGAACAUCAACACAAGAUUGCUGAAUUGAUAACACAAAUGAAACAAACAAAAUUACAAGCUGGGAAAGAACUUCUGCUCUCCUAUAUGGAUACAAUGAAAAUAAUCAUCCAACAGAAUGGCAGCUGUCUUGAUGCUGCCAUCCCACUUUUACAACAACUCAAUAAUGACAAAUUAUCCGAUUCCUUGAAGAAAGCAACUGAAAGGGCUAUUAAAAAAAUUUAUGCUAGUUAUAUGACUACUGAAGAACUUUUGGAUUACUCAAAAAUUCAAAUUAAAGAACUUCAGCUUAAACAAGACUAUGAAUUUACACGAUUGCUAGAUUUCGCGGUUGAAAAGGAA